UACCGGCUUGAAUGUUCUGGAUGAUCUCUGUCGCAUCGCACAAUGUGAUUGUGAGUUCCUUCUCAGACAAAAUGCCACUUGAAGCAGGCACCCCCGUCACAUCUUUCUCGGUCGUCUCAAGAAGAUACCGAGGUAGUCGCCAUGCCUGAGGUAUCUUUGCAUUCAGAGCUUCCUGCGAUCUCUAUGGAACUUGGACUCAGCGACCUCCUUCGAGUACUUCACACUACACGUCAUGGAUGGUCUUACCUCUGCUAUAGCCUUCCAUUCAGAACUGGAUCCCAUGGUCAAAAGCCGGGCUUACAAGGGUUGGUCGCUGUGUGCGCCGGACUGGCUGAAGGACUAUUCGGGCUAAUAUAAUGCUCUGCGAAUUACCUAAGCCACAUUGGUCUCGACCAGCAGCAAGACAACUCACCCGUUGACGGUGACAUCCGUCUCCAAGUAUUUCAACUUCUUCCUUGACGACUUCUUCUGGUAUCUUGAGCGUCCGUGCCGGUUUUCCGCACAACAGGUGGAUACCACCGCAAACGGCUUUGUCCGCCUCAACACUUCGACGAAUCGGCGACAUACACAGCACCUUUCAUUAUUAUAUAUAUUUCACAUUGCGCAGCUUCCGAAACGCCGGCAAUCACCCUCCCUCCCAAUGGAUCACUCUGCAGACUUGCAGUCACCGGUCGCGGGGCGUCAUCCAUACCUUCGGCCUGUCAAGAGAGCUUGCGCGGACUGUCAUGCUCGUAAGGUCAAAUGUGAUGGAGCCACGAAUGGGUUUCCUUGCAGCAAUUGCAAAUCAGCCCAGGUCGGAUGUGUUGUUGCCGAACGGAAGAAGCGCACGCCCAAAAUAGGUAAAGCUCCGCCUAGGCCAUUGGAAAAGACCAGGACAGACAAUCCUGUACCGGAUGAUGAGCAUCAUGAGGAAGACGAGGACGUUUUCGACACUGUAGCCGCCGAACCUGCCACCAAAGAAGCAGAAUUAGCCAAACAACAUCUCGUCGACUUCUUCAGCCAGGAUCUCCAGGGCAACCCUAUCAAGGCCAGGUCAAUCUAUGUCGGCAGCGAGCUAUCCAACCUGCACUAUCUUACACGGCAAAGGUCUGCCGAUCAGCAUGUCUACCACUACCCCUGUUCCAAUAUCUAUGUCCCACGUGUCUUCCGAAAUUCGCAGGCCCCUGCUACGCCCAAUCUCAUACCGAAGGAUGCGUUUGUCCUUCCGCCCGCGCAUGUCUCGGAUGUUUUGAUUGAAGACUACUUCAAUCACAUACAUACAGGGCUUCCAAUCAUUGACAAGGACAAAUUCAUGAAAGAUUAUCACGACUCCAAUUCAGCCCCUUCUAUUCUUUUGCUGCAGGCUAUUUGCUUAGCUGGUAGCCAUGUGACGACUACUUUCAAAAACAACCAAGACUUGAAGGCUGCUUUCUUUCGACGAGCGAAAGCCUUAAUUGACGGUAGGUAUGAGGAGGACAGAAUGCACGUAGUGCAAGCUGCUCUCCUUCUCACAUGGUUCUCCGAUGGCGGAGACGAUAUCUGCGCAAACGCCUGGUGGUGGAUUGGUGUUGCCGCACGAACAGCCAUAGGACUGGGCAUGCACCGUGAUGUCGGGUCGAGCAAGAUGCCCGAGAACGACAAGUGUAUCUGGCGGAAGAUCUGGUGGUGCUUGAUCCAGCUCGACUGUCUUGUAUCCCUCUGUUACGGUCGGCCACAGCACAUAAACCUAGAUGACUGUGACGUGCCAUCUUUGCGUGCGGAAGACUUUGAUGCGUCAGCCAGCCAGGACCAGAAAAGCUUCGUCAUGGAGCACGCGCGAUUAUGUGCCAUUGUUUCAGAUCUCGUGCGAUCCCAUUUCUCCUUGAGAGCCAAACGGUCCGGAGUGAGUAGGAAAGAUUCUCUCCAAAAGGUUGACGAUGCACUGGCUGAAUGGUUUGGCGAUUUACCUCCCGGAAUGCGAGAACUACCCACGCCGGCCACAACAGACUACAGCCCACUACCAUCCUUGCUCCACCUUACGUACAACAUGGUGCUCAUACAGUUCCACAGGCCACAACUGGCUGGCGAAGGUUCCAGUCACUCUGUCGGAAGGGAGACAGAUGCCGAGAUUUGUGCAGAUGCUGCUUCCAACAUCAUACGGAUUUUCCAACAACUACGUUCAUAUGCAGCGCUUCGUUGUUGCUGGUUUUGGGCACCAAGUGCGGUCUUCACUGCAAUGCUGCAAAUCAAUCAGGAGCUCAAAUGCCAAAAUUCCAUCCUUGCUCUGCGUGCGAAGGACAAAUUCGAGUCUGGGUUGCAGUCCCUGCGCAAGCUGGCACGAUACUGGCUGUUUGCAGCCUCGAUUCUGCGGCUUUUUCAGACAAGCAAUAACGGAAACAAGCAAGUUUACGGCACGUCAGCUAAUGGUCAGAAGCCAAUUGCGGCUGCUGAGACCUUUUCCCUUGAUGAGGCUUCAACAAUAUCAACGGUGUCACCCAGGGAGGUGAUCGCCAGCAAUACCGUCCAGCCUGCUCGUUCAGACCAGCCUCAGUAUCAGCUUGAGGAGAUGGGAUGGGUUCAACCGCCGUCGUUUGCCGACCUGAGCACUACUAACAUGAAUCUAGAGGAGAAUCGGUGGCAGACUCAUUUGGACGACUGGCAGUCUCUGUAUUGGAGUGAUCCUCUUGCCAAUAUAUGUCUGGACGACAGCUUUGGGGUUUUUCGAUUCGAAGGCUUUUAAUGUCAUGUCAAUGUCUUCUAUGGUCGAUGCUACGGAUGUUAUCCCAAUGCCGGCCUGCCUUCUCUCCGCAUCGCAUCAGGAGUUGCCGCAUCUGGCCACCAAGUGUGCUAAGGAGCGAAUCCUCAAGCGAGAUCGGCUGCCUGAGGCCCCGUCGCAAACUUCAGUGCCGCAAUUGCUUCGAUCUCAAACUUGAGUUUAGGGUUGCCCAACUUUGCCACACCUAUCAAGGCCGUCCCUGGCUGGUGGCCAUCCAAGAAGUUCAGCAAUGCAUUGAUGUGCACUGGACGAAUUGAAAUGUCUGCUGUGAUCAGUAUCUCCAUUUCUGUCGGGGAAUCGUUGACACUCACCAUAGUCGACGAUGUAAUAGGUCAACUUCACGAUGUCUUUUGGAGUGGCUCCAGCUUCAGCCAGCACGUCCUUAAGAUUGUUGAUGGCGGCAACAACCUGCUCUUCAUAAGAGUCCGGUAUCGUCCCUUGGGGAUCAAUUGUCCCUAUCUGACCGGCAGUGACGAUAAUGUCGUGCCCGGCAGGAAUAACGAGACCAUGUGAGAAGGGCCCACUAGGAGCAACACUCGGAGGAUUCAGCAGUCGUAAGGACAUUUUGUCUCGCCAAGAUCGGGAUGGUUGGUGUGUAUAGAGUGGUAGCUUGCUGCUGAGAUUCGGCGGUGCCUCUGGCGAGCUGUGAUCCGACAAAACCGCGCUUCUUAUCAAUGGACCUCGGUGCAUCUGGUUGGAGCACUACCGUGCAUGCAUACAUACUAGUAUCGAGAUCGCUUCUACAGUAGUCAGAAUACCGAAAUACCGGUCGGUCCCCCGGAUUUUCAGCACAGACACCAAUAUCACUGGACGUUCAUGGGCCGUGAUGGGCCCAUAAUGGACCCACAACGGAAAGGUGCUUUGGUAGACAUGCUGAUAAGCUCUAACUAGAGAG